GGACACAUUUGACCUCCUCCACUGCUCCAUGUUUAAGUCUUUUACCACAACUUCAAGACACAGCAACAAUCCCACAAAAUUCCAUGUUACCCGAACCUUCACCACAACCUCUCCUCAAUGUAGUACCUCAAACCACCACAAGAAAUUUUGAAAAUGAUCUUCCCAAAAUUGUUGAUAGCAUUGACACAUCGAAAAAUCCAUUAUCACAUGAGACACACAUACCAGAAACCUUAGAAAUACCAUAA